AUGUUACUCGCUUUUUCAGACUAUGUUAUUUACCUCAAGCCGGCUCACCAGAAUACAACAAGUCCAUUAUCAUCCAAUGAAACUUGCCCACCAUCUCCCAAUAACUACACUUAUGGUUGGCAUUUUGUCCUCAAGGGCAAUACAGCAAAAUUCAUAUCUAUCACUUGCUACUUCGCAAUUGCACAAGCCGUUAGUGCAACGUAUAAUCCACCAAGUAAAGAUUCUUAUCUGUAUACACCAACAGCCGAUACUCUCUACAACUGUCAGGCAAACGUAACGGAUAAUUCUGUUACCGAGAUUAUUUUGAGUCAUGUCUGCGUCCCAAAUGGUGAUACAACUACAACCACAACUACAACUACAACUACAACUACAACUACAACUACAACUACAACUACAACUACAACUACAACUACAACUACAACUACAACUACAAGUAAGACGAUUUUUCUGUUUCAAGAUGCUCAAGAAAUUAGUGCACUGAAUUGUUCUUCAUAUUGAGAGAUCAAUGUAUCAGAUAGAUUUUUGCCACUCACAAGUCUCUACAUACUGAGAUAUUAUUUUGAAGAAAUAAUGUGUGAGUUUGAUAAUUAAGAGAAGUUAUUCAUUAUCAAAAGACCUGCAAAAACUAGACUUCAUAUUACUCAUAAUAAUAGAAAAAAUACAAAAUAAAUAUCUAAGUUUUUCUUUUGAUAAAAUAAGCAACAGCCCAAACUGAAAAGCAUUGGAUACAAUAUGCUGUGUGAUAAAAUCAUCGGUUUUAAGCUUCGAAAAAACGUUAGCUGGAAUGAAUACAUUUUAAUAGUAUUUAACUCUAUCAGCUAACUGAAAUUAUUGUGUGAAAGAAAUUAUUUUCGUUAGUAGACGUAUGAAUAACACUCGAAAUCAUAAAAAAUCUUAUUUUCAAGGUCCUUCAUACUUUCUUGAACAUCUUGGUGAAAACUAAUACAGCAACAGUUAUUCGUGUCGAUCAUUUCUGAUUCUUAUCUAACAUCGAUUGACUUUUCCUACAAGAUCUUUAAUUUCGAUAGAACAAUGUUAUACUAAUCAUAGUCCAGUAAAAAAAAGUCCUUAGCUUCAAAUUUUCAUUUCAUUUCAAAUAAUUAUCUCUACUUCGCAAAGUUCAUAAAAUGUCACUUACUUUAUUGAAAUCAGCCAACUUUCCUAUACUUUCGCAAAGACUCAUCAAUCAUCCUGUUUUCUGAUUAACUCAAAAAUAGAAAAAACAAACCUUCAAAAAACGCUGAAAAAUAUUUCAUUUCCGUCAUAAAGUUCAAACAAGAAUAUCUCAUAUAACAUAAUAGAUGUUGAUUAUAAAUUCCUCUAGUUUUUUACUCUGAACAUAAAAUCUUGAAUGCAGUAUGAAUAGAAAGUUAUAAAAAUUUAAACUAGAUUUUAUGACUGCAAGCGUGAGCAUGGGCUCUAGGUGCCGGUAUCAAUCUUCUACUCUUUUAUAACGACCCAGACUCACACUCUCAUAAUGCUCAAGAAGAAAAGUACAUUUAUGAAGAGAGAGUGGGUGUAGAUAUAGUUUUUGAUCUACACUCACAGUCAUACCCUAAGAUAAGGAUGUAUAAGAUAAGAAUGUGCCGAUCGAAGUGUUCGAAUUAUUUUGUAUACGUUUCAACGUAUUAAACGAAGUAAACUACACAGUAGAAUUUAUUAGAUUUAGAUGGAAUGAUUGUAGAUGUAUAAGAAAGACAUACAUUGUAACAGGUCAGAACAGCUUGAGAAUUUAUUAUUAUCGUUUUCCAUCAAAAUGAUAAACUAGAUGGAGUCUUGAAAAGUAUUCGGCAUUUUUUAAGCUACAGGAAAAUACUAUAUAGAAACAUGAAAAGCUGAUCAUUUGAAUACUACAACAUCCUUACUAUUACUAUGAAUAAUGACAAAAUAUACUUUAAGUUCAAGAACAUGAUCAAACCAUUCGUUUAGAAAAUUGACGAUUUGAAUGCCUAGAUGCCGUAACAUUUUUCAAAAUCUGAUUGUAUCAAAACGAUCAGUUCUGUAGAGUGUAUAAAUCGGAAAUUUUUAAGAAACCAAGGAUUAUAGAAUAGCUAUGCAGAAUGUAGUGAUUUUCGUGCAAAAUCAUAACAUUUAUUUCGAGCUUUCAAUAAUAUAUAUGUAUCAUCAUCGAAUAAUCAUCAAAUAAAAAACUCAAGUCAAUUCUCUCUGUAACCUGUUAAUGAUUGUUUACUAAAUGGCAUGAUCAAUACAACUUGUCUAAGUAUAAUACUGUUAAGUUUUUGACAUACUUUUCAAUUACAUCGAAAAGUGUGAGAACUACAAAGCCCAUUCAAAGCAUCAUUUGAUGCAGUUUAUCACAUUCUAUUGAUGCAAUAAGAAUAAGGUUUUCUGAUUGAAGUCUCGAAUUUCUAGGAGGUUUCUACCAUUUAUAAAAUGCCAAUUUCUCUCUAAAGUAUUUCUCCCAACGAAAUGUUGCUAUAACCGAUUUUCUAGGGCAUUGAAAGGACUUUGGAGUAGUAAGAUAAAAUUUUAUAAAACCUAAUUUUUCCUAGACAGAAAAUACAGAAAAACAAACGUAAUGGUGUUACAUAGUUUUUCAUGACUGAUGUUGAGACAUUUCACCUGUACAGAAAUAUUUGAUUUUCAUAAAUAUUGAUCUUUUCUAUGUGUCUAAUAUUCUAUGGAAGUAGCAAGUUCUGGCAUUCGAUGGAAACUCAUUAAAUAUACAGGAAACUGGAAAUUUUACAAGAAUGUAUAAGCUACUCUUUGAAAUUAAACUCAAACAUAAAUAGACAUAAUAGUGAGAUUCAAUGAAAUUAAAAUUUGAUAGAGAGGAACAUUGAAAUAAUUGAUUAAUCAUAUCUUUCUCUCUACCACCUCUCUUUUAUUUACUCUUUCGUAGAAGAAAAUCGAGUUGCUUUCACAAAAACGAUAAAAAAAUAAUCAAAAGAAUGACUAAGAAAAAGAUACGGUAGAAAAAGUUGGAAUUUCGUUUUUUUAAUGUCGUUUCUACUUCAUAAUAUGUGGAACAUAAAGAAAAAAAAGCUGUUAGCGCAAUCCCUUGCGGGAUUAAAAAUGUGAAACACGAUGGCUCUAUUAUUACUAAUUAAAUGGAAAUCCUUUUCUUCCAUUACGAUGCGAUACAUUUGUAGCUAACCGUUAAUCUGAUGCUUUACAACUACAGUUUCUCUGUCACGGUCUGUGAUGGGUACCUGAAUUCUCUGUCACGGUCUGCGGUGGGUACCGGGGG